AUGGAAGGUCGGUCCAUAGUAGUGUCUGAAGAUGGUACUGAGAACGAGGUUGUCCGGAUAGGAUGCAAGUUCGGUUACCCAUCGGACUUGUUGGAGCUCGGCGAGGAAAUCGGCAGCGGCGCCGCUGCGAAGGUCUAUGUUUGCCGACGGCUUAGGACUGGCGAAGAGCUUGCCGUCAAGGUAAUCAACCUAGCCAAGCUCAUGCUCAUGGGUGACUACGAAAGUCACCUGGUAAAGAUGAACCGUGAGGUGCAGAUCCUUCAAGGACUACAUCAUUCCAGGAUCGUCAACCUCCACGAUGUACACAGAACGAAGCAAUGGGUGUUUUUAGUCAUGGAACUGGUCAGGGGCGGUGAGCUUUUUGACGCAAUUGUGAGCAGCAAGACCCUCAACGAAGUUGAGGCCAAGUACAUCUUCCGCCAACUGCUGGAGGGUGUGGGCUACAUGCACUCCAAGAACGUCAUUCAUCGAGACCUGAAGCCUGAGAACAUUUUGAUCGGCUCGAGCAUGGAGCUGCCUCCCCCGCUGACGGGAACCUUGAGAGAGGUGAAGAUUGCAGAUUUCGGCCUCUCCAAGAUCAUCAACGAGGGCUCGUCUCUCGCAAAGACCUUUGUCGGGACACCCCAGUAUUGGGCGCCUGAGGUCUUGAACGUGCAGAGGGGCGGCGGGGUCUACACGCAAGCAGCUGACUUCUGGAGUUUGGGUGCCGUCCUCUUCGUGAUGUUGGGUGGUCGCUACCCGUUUGACGGGAAGGCAAUGCCACUGGAGGAGCAGAUCCGAACUGCCAGCUACAGCAUGACUUCUCCCGCUUGGCAGCGGGUGUCUGAGGAAGCGAAGGACAUGGUCCGAGGUUUGCUGAAGGUCAACCCGAACGACAGGCUCAAACUGGAGGACUGCAUAGUUCAUCCUUGGAUGGGGGGAGGCGGUGUGCCACCAGCGUUGGACUUACCAAGGGAAGGGCUGAAGAUGCCCACAGAUCUCUUUGCGGAGGCUCCUGCAGCCCCUGUGCCUAUUGUCACUCAUCCACCCUCAACGAGUGAUCUUUCAGCAAGAUCAGACAGCUGGGGCAGCCGUCCCAAGGAGAAGGCCAAGAGCGGCAGCUCCGCGAAGGCGGCUGGAACGCCUGCCUCCGAUGCAUCAGCGACCGCGCAGUUGCCCGUGCUAGGGGUUCCAAUGGUCAGCGUAAAUGCAGAACCAGAGCAGGACGAGGAGCUCAUCUUUUGUCUGAACGAGCUUCUCAAGCUUCAGGUGUCCAUCUCCAGCUCCCUGGAAGUGGCCUGCCUGGCUUUCCGGCAUGCGGACAGAGACUUGUCCGACAACAUCCGCCGGGCCUUUAACGAG